ACGCGCUUCUCCCGGUUCUCUCGUUGUUCUCUGCGUAAACAGAGUUAAUUCCUCAUUUAAACUCUUUAUUUCCUCUCUAAAGUCAUAAAUGGAGGGCCAGGAGGACUCUAGUAAGUUCUUCACCGUCUUUGAAGGCUCUUCUCCGGAGGAUAUCUCCCACGCCAAACAUUUCUGGAGCUCCCAGUCCCUCCAGCCUCCUCUGGAGUCCCGCCUGGUCUCCGCUGAUAUCCGGCAGAGGCUGCCCGUGUCCCGGCCGAGGGUUAGCAGCACCGCCGGGCCCAGACUACCGUCCUCGGAGCCCCCGCUGAGCGUCCAGGCUCUCCGGCAACGGCAGGAGGAGAGGAGGAGGUAUGAAGCCAUGGCGGACCAGAGGAAGGAGAUCCUGGCUCUGCUGAGGAGGCAGAGGGAGCUGAGGAUCCAGAAGGAGCUGGUCUCUGAGGGGUUUAAGCCGAAGACCAAAAAGGACCGAGAAAAACCGGAUCAGCUGGAAAACUCUGACUGUGACCUGGACAAGGAGCUGGUGAAACAGCUGAAAUAGAGACCUCUAAAUAUUGAUGUUUAUUUAAAUAGACUUCAUGGCUUUAAAGCUGUUCAAUGAAAGAAUCCUGGCCAAAAUAAGACCAAUAAUAGUCUAUUACUGCUGAAACUAAGAAAAUAAAU